UGAUACAGUCCCAGGGACCCUUAAUGCUGACCUCAGGAGAGACCCUCACUCUGAAUUGCACAUUGAUUGGGUCCGGUCCACCAGGAGGUGUGAGAUGGUACAAAGGCUCGGACAGAAACCAGCCUCCCGUUUACAACGAUAAAGGAUCAUCUUUGCCCCAAGUAGCAAGGAUAAAUCCCGGAUCAAGCACCGACUACAGCAUUCGCAUCAGCAGCAUCCAGCCCAAGGAUGCCGGGACCUACUACUGUGUGAAAUACAAGGCAGCAGUAUUCCAGGAAAGGGAAUUUAAAGCGGGAAAGGGCACCGAGGUUUCUGUGAUCGGUGCCACAGCCCAGGAGCUGGAGGUGAUGCAGUCCCAGGGACCCUUAAUGCUGACCGCAGGAGAGACCCUCACUCUGAAUUGCACAUUGAUUGGGCCCGGUCCACCAGGAGGUGUGAGAUGGUACAAAGGCUCGGACAGAAACCAGCCUCCCGUUUACAAUGAUAAAGGAGCAUCUUUGCCCCGAGUAGCAAGGAUAAAUCCAGGAUCAGACACCGACUACAGCAUUCGCAUCAGCAGCAUCCAGCCCAAGGAUGCCGGGACCUACUACUGUGUGAAAUACAAGGCAGCAUUCCAGGAAACGGAAUUUAAAGCGGGAAAGGGCACCGAGGUUUCUGUGAUCGGUGCCAGAGCCCAGGAGGUGAUACAGUCCCAGGGACCCUUGAUGCUGACCGCAGGACAGACCCUCACUCUGAAUUGCACAUUGAUUGGGCCCGGUCCACCAGGAGGUGUGAGAUGGUACAAAGGCUCGGACAGAAACCAGCCUCCCGUUUACAACGAUAAAGGAUCAUCUUUGCCCCAAGUAGCAAGGAUAAAUCCCGGAUCAAGCACCGACUACAGCAUUCGCAUCAGCAGCAUCCAGCCCAAGGAUGCCGGGACCUACUACUGUGUGAAAUACAAGGCAGCAUUCCAGGAAACAGAAUUUAAAGUGGGAAAGGGCACCGAGGUUUCUGUGAUCGGUGCCACAGCCCAGGAGGUGAUACAGUCCCAGGGACCCUUGAUGCUGACCGCAGGACAGACCCUCACUCUGAAUUGCACAUUGAUUGGGCCCGGUCCACCAGGAGGUGUGAGAUGGUACAAAGGCUCGGACAGAAACCAGCCUCCCGUUUACAACGAUAAAGGAUCAUCUUUGCCCCAAGUAGCAAGGAUAAAUCCCGGAUCAAGCACCGACUACAGCAUUCGCAUCAGCAGCAUCCAGCCCAAGGAUGCCGGGACCUACUACUGUGUGAAAUACAAGGCAGCAUUCCAGGAAACGGAAUUUAAAGCGGGAAAGGGCACCGAGGUUUCUGUGAUCGCCACACCUUCCCAGCCCUCCAUCGCUGGCCCUCCAAGCAGGGUAGAUUCAGGGACCUCGAUGCCUUUCAACUGCUCCUCAGACGGAUUCUUCCCCCGAGACAUCGAACUCACCUGGCUUAAGGAUGGGAGGCACAUCCAGGCCUCCCAGACUGUUAUCCUGCCACCGGGAGAGAGCAUUUCCUACAACAUCGUGAGCACUGUGCAGGUGUUCCUCACGGAGAAGGAUGUGAAGUCGGAGCUCACCUGUCAAAUCCAGCACAGCACCUUACGCAGCCGCUCCCUGAGGCAGAGCUUUAAACUUGGGGAUGUCCUACGAGUUGCCCCCAAGGUGUCAGUGGAGUCUGGGCAGCAACUGGAAGUUACCGUGAACCAAGUGGUGACAAUCUUGUGCAGCGCAAAAGGUUUUUAUCCCAACGACACAAGGCUGGUCUGGAGGGAGAACGGCAGCGAGACGGAUCUCGGAAUGGCUGAGUCCGCGACCCAGGACUGGGAUGGGACGUUCUCCGUGAAGAAUUCCCUGAAAGUGAAUGCAACGGAGGAGAGGAACCACUCUGUACUCACCUGCCAUGCCAUGCGCAAUUCCCAGUCUUAUGAUCAUGUCAAUGUGACGCUGAGAAUACUCCGAGAAGGAAAAAGCGAAACCCAUGAAGCAAAUCAAGGUGCCACAGCCCAGGAGCUGGAGGUGAUACAGUCCCAGGGACCCUUGAUGCUGACCGCAGGACAGACCCUCACUCUGAAUUGCACAUUGAUUGGGCCCGGUCCACCAGGAGGUGUGAGAUGGUACAAAGGCUCGAACAGAAACCAGCCUCCCGUUUACAAUGAUAAAGGAGCGUCUUUGCCCCAAGUAGCAAGGAUAAAUCCCGGAUCAGACACCGACUACAGCAUUCGUAUCAGCAACAUCCAGCCCAAGGAUGCCGGGACCUACUACUGUGUGAAAUACGAGGCAGAAGGAUUGCAUUUAAAGGGAGGGUUCCAUGAAAAGGAAUUGAAAGCAGGAAAGGGCACUGAGGUUUUUGUGAUCGCCACACCCUCCCAGCCCUCCAUUGCUGGCCCUCCAAGCAGGGUGGAUUCAGGGACCUCGGUGCCUUUCAACUGCUCCUCGGACGGAUUCUUCCCCCGAGACAUCGAACUCACCUGGCUUAAGGACGGGAGGCACAUCCCGGCCUCCCAGACUGUUAUCCUGCCACCGGGAGAGAGCAUUUCCUACAACAUCGUGAGCACUGUGCAGGUGUUGCUCACGGAGAAGGAUGAGAAGUCAGAGCUCAUCUGUCAAAUACAGCACAGCACCUUACGCGGCCGCUCCCUGAAGCAGAGCUUUAAACUUGGGAAUGUCCUUCGAGUUGCCCCCAAGUUGUCGGUGGAGCCUGGGCAGCUACUUCAGGCUACCCUGAACCAUAUGGUGACAAUCUUGUGCAGUGCAAAAGGUUUUUACCCUAAUGACACAAGGCUUGUCUGGAAGGAGAAUGGCAGAGAGACCGAUCUCGGAAUGGCUGAGCCUGUGAUCCAGGAUCAGGACGGCACAUUCUCCGUAAAGAAUUCCAUGAAGGUGAACGCAACGGAGGAGAGAAACUACUCUGUAUUUACGUGCCACGCCAUGCGCAAUUCCCAGUCUUCAGCUCGAGUUAAUGUGAUACUGACAAUACACCAAGAAGGGGAUACCAAUACAGCAGGUGAAGGAGGAACGAGACGGAGCAAUUUUGCCAACCACUCCCUCACUACGUUACCCGCUGCCUGCUCCUCCUCCCCCGUGGCAGGGGGGGAUCCUUGCUUCAAACGGGUGGAAAUUCGGCUGGUGUGGAGCACAGGAGCACUCCAGGACCCGUCACACCACCCCAGCGGCAUUCCUGUGUCCCGCACUGGCCUGGUUCAGCAUCUAACAUCUUGCUCGGGGUAUGCUGAGGGCCGGGCCAAUGCAGCAGACCUCUCCAGUGCUGCUGCAGUGCAUCCCUCUGGAGGCCCCAAGAAGGCUGCAGCAGCUACCGAGAAGGCGGUCAAGAGAGCCCAGCCCUCCCCUCCAGAACACCGGACGGUAGUGCUGGGCACUGCCAGGCCUUCCCCCCAGCCAUCCAAGCCAAUAAUCAGCGGCCCUUCGAACAGAGUGAAUUCAGGGGACUUGGCAACUUUCAGCUGUGAGUCAUAUGGAUUCCCCACCUCAGAAAUCACAAUCACCUGGACCAAAGAUGGGAACCAGCUCCAACCCGUGUUACCCAUCGUUCUGAUAGUAGCAAGUAACACUUCCUAUGGAAUUAACAGCACUGUGCGAGUGUCACUCACAGAGAAAGAUAUCAACUCGACACUCAUUUGUCAUAUCGACUACAGCUCCUCAGAAAAGGCCCUGCAGCAGAGUUAUGAUCUCAGAAAAGUCCUACGAGUUGCACCGCACGUGUCAGUGGAAACCAACGAAUGUUCUCCCAUCCCAUUGAAUCGUUUUGUGAAACUCACCUGCAUAGUGAAUAAUUUUUAUCCCAAUGAUAUCAGCGUGGCCUGGUGGAGAAGUGACGACGUUAUAAAAAGGGCUGAUAAUGGAAAUCCAAACCCAGAUGGGACGUUCUCCCUCAGCUUCCUGCUAACUACACGACCAAUGAGACAGAUCACAAGCAAUUACACCUGUGAAGUGAUUCAUGAUUCUCAAAGUCCAGUUUAUGUCAACCGAGUAUUGAGUUUUGGAAUACAGCCUAACGGAAAUGCACAUGCCAAUUUCAUUGAGUUAGGUCUAUUUGUGCUCUCCAACCCUGGUCUCUGGAUAGGAUUGCUUCUGGGCAAGGUUGUGACUGCUUUCCUCCUCUUGUGCCUUUUCUUGAGAACAUCAGCUAGCACGAUUGCUUCAUUAGCACGAGAGCAAAACGACUCGGCCAAGUGAUCUGCUGAUG